AUGCACGACAAGUUCUCAGGCUCCGAAGCCCCAAACAAGGUGCGGAUGAUGGUCUUCGAGACGGACGAACCCCAUCCCGAGACGAUUGAAGAGAAGGGAACUUUUGGAGACGUCUUUGAUAGGCUGUUCAAGACCGCUGGCGACAACCAUGACCCUCCACUUGGGAUCGAGACAGCCAUGAAGUUUGUCGUAGAGCCCAAGGGUGGAAAAGUGCCUACAGUGGAUGAGCUGAAAGACGUCCAUGCUAUUUUGAUCACAGGGAGCAUGUACGAUGCUCAUGGCGAUGACGAGUGGAUUCACAAACUCAUGAAGUUGCUACAAGAUUUGUGGCAACAUCGUCCCGAUAUUAGGCUCUCUGGGGUCUGUUUUGGCCACCAAGUCUUGUGCCGGAUGCUUGGAGCAAAGGUCGACACUGUUCCUGGUGGCGACUGGGAGCUCUCACAUACAGAAAUCACACUCAGUGAUGUUGGCAAGCAGCUUUUCAGGACGAAGAAUGAGAAAUUACGACUACACCAGAUGCACCAGGAUCACGUCGUCGAGCCGCCGUCGUCCAAGUCCACAGACUUGCUCAAGGACGGUCAAAAAGUUCACAUUUGGGGAAGCUCGGAACACACAGCUGUGCAAGGCAUCUACAUCAAGGACCGCCUGUUUACUUCUCAGGGACAUUUGGGCUUCGAUGAAGAUAUGGUCAAGCGACAGAUUAAUCUGCGUGUCGAGAGCGGCAGUCUCAAGGACUUGAACCACGCCGAUGCCGCAAAGGAGACGGCUGAUAUGGAACACGAUGGCGAGGUUGUCGCUGGAUCGAUUCUACGGUUGUUCCAUGGCGAGGACAACGAUAUCCCUUGA